ACGAGUAGCCGGCGAAGGAGAGUCGCGAAUCGUGAGGGUGGCUUUCCGCGUCCCUAUCGAUCGACGCCUGUGCAGUGAGCAACCCCUCGGUGCCGAGCGUCGACCGUGUAAAGCCCAGGGAGACAAUCUCCUCUGGUUCGCGCGUCCUGCUGCGUUCUACGUCUCCUUCUACCUAGUUCGAGUUAGCAACAUCCUCUACUUCUUUCUCUACGUCUUUCGAUUUGGAUUAGUCCUUUUUCUCGUGUGUUCUCACGAUUUAUUUUUCUUUCUUUCUAUCUUCCUCCCCUCUCUUUCUUUGUACUUACCUCUUGGCGAGGAAAAAAAAAAAAAACUAGAAAGUAGAAUUUUCUCAUACUUCGAUCUCCUUUCCAAAGGAAAGUAAAAGAAGAAGAAGAAGAAAAUUGCCCAGUGAAAUGUAUAUCCGAGGUGAAUAUUCGUGCGUGUAUAUGUAUACAGUGUAUUUGAAUGGUGGUUAGAGUGUGUCUUUCACAAUAUAUUUCGUUUUCUUCGCUCGUAGAGAAAAAAAAAUAUAGAAGAAACUGAUGACAAUAGAAACGAAUGCAAAAAAUCGAAAGUACCUUUCUCAAAGGAAAAAAUAAAGAAGUAAACGUUUCGUUGCUUCGAUUAGAUUCGGUGAGGAUACACGCGAUAAAUUAACACGGCGAAGAUAAGUGGAACGAUCGAGACGUGAGUGGAGGAGCAAGGUCACGGAUAAACGAGGAGCUCGCAAAGUGUGUUACUCGAGUGGGAAAGAGCUUGUUUUCUUCGCGUCGAUGGACGUUAGCGAGGUUCUUUAUUACGAAGACUGUUCACCGUCGGUGUCGCGUUAUUAAAAUAGACGACGUAAUCGAGUGAAUCUUAAAAGGACAGUUCAUUCGGCUCGACUUGGCCCAGAAACGAUGGUCAUCGUGGCAAAAGCGUUCAACUUGAUAAGACCCUGCAUGAUUCACGAGCGAAAUUCGAACGGUUGAGGGGGAAAGGAUAAGAGAAAGGAAGGUGAAAUAGGAGGGUGGAAUAAAGAAAAAGUAAAGAAAAAAGAGGAAAAGAAAAAGGAAAAUAAAGGAUGUCGGAAAGCGAGACGAAACCAGCCUCACCGGUGCCAAACGUUUGCACGCAAGGUUGCAACAGUCUUAUCACCGUACAAUGUCCAACGCUUCAAGUGACAUCGCGCAUGUUGCGUUCGCCAAGUCACGAAAGUGUCACCACCGAUAUUUCCCUCUUCAGUGUAUCCUCGAUAGCGAGCGAAUUACGAGGUGCCAACAGGUUGGUCACCUUCAAGUCGUACAGCGAUGUGCAGCUAGCUGGACGGGGACCCUCGCCGAAACCCGAUCGGCAAAUUCAGGGUAACAGGCCAGCCGAUAUUCCGGAAAUUCUCUGGUUCGAGGAAGAGAACGAUCUGAUCCGUAGUUGCGGUGUUCUCUCCUCGGCACUGGGUCUUCGUAAAAGCUUCAGUACGAGCGAUGUCUCGCAAUUACCAAGCCCAGACGCAUCUGUACCAGCUGGACUUCGUUCGGCCGUCUCAGCUUUGGCGCUCGAUACCCAAAGAAACAAUCUACUUUUGGAACACGCGAGGCUCGAUCAUGCCUCGAGAUCCUGUAGCACGUGGGUCGCUGUUGGUGAACCCGUAGCGAGUACCUCUCAACUUCCGAGUCCUCACGGUGGUGCAGCGCAAGAACAGCCGCAACAAUCAUCGAGCUCUCACUCGUCUGCACCUCAGCCACCACCAGCUCCACCACCACCACCGAUACCCUUUACCGGUGCCGAUCUCAUUAGGUCUGUCAAUAAGAAGGUUCGACAGAAUUAUAUACGCCGAAGGUUGCUGACGACUUAUCGAGCUCUCGAGCGACUAUCUCAAAGUGAAUUCAACUUGGAUCAAUUGGAGGCAGCGGCAAGUGCGGCACAAAAUACACCAGGUACGACAUUGCUCGUACCAGGUACUACUUCAGGACUUUCUGGUACAUCGAUAAUCGGUCGAAAGGAACGGAAUCACGCCUUGACCGUCAGAGACGUCGAAAGGGAACGUGGUAAUCAAUUAUCCAAGUACGAGAGGAACAUGAUGAUCUUCAACUGGCUUCACACCCUCGAUGAUACAGCGAUCGUCGACAGUGUCGAAUAAUCCUAAACGAUUGAUGAUAAUCGGCUUAUCAAAAGCACCUAUGGCGCUUACCGAUCACGGACUAAUCGGCAUUGACGGAUUAUUUCUAUCUUCUUCUUCUUCUCUUUUUGUUUCUUUUUAAUAUUCGUUGUUCCGUUUCUUCUUUCUUUAACUUUUAAAUCUCGAUUUAAGGUACACACACACACACACACACACACACACACACACACACAUAUACAUAAAUAAAAUCGAGAUGUAAUUUCGUAAAAGAUCUUUUCGGAAGAUCUUUCCAUAAAGGAAUAAAAGUUGUUACAGUGCAAAGAUAUGGAAAAACAAAAAAAAAGAAAAAAGAAAGAAACUGAUUGAGAGACGUCCGUCCCCUCUCGUCCAAAGAUAUAUCACAUUAAAUAGAUAAAAGACAAAAUAAAACAAAAAAAAAAAAACAAAAAAAAAAAACAAAAAAUAAAAAAAAAAGACAAAAAAAGGAAAUAAUUCCGGCGAACAUAUCCGAACAAUCGGUCGAUCGGAACAAUGUGUACGAAGAUAACGAUUCUCACUGAUUCACCAAGUGCACGCACCUAGAGCCAUAGAAUGUUGAGACUAAAAAUGCGACAUCACGAUCUAUCUCAUUUUUAUUAUACUUAUACUUAUCGUCGAUGCAACGACAGAGUAUGUGAUAUAUUUUCCAUUUUUCUUAUUCGAUGACAAAUUUUCUCUGUUUUUUCCGUCAUUGACAAGAUGAAAUUGAAAAAUGAAAAGGAAAAAAAAAGACAAAAGAUACAUAAUGCAACAUUGAUUAUUGUCGUUGCAUCAGUGAUAUAGUAUAGCGAAUCUAGUAUAGCGAAACUCUUAUCUUUUUCUUCCUUUUUUCAGUGUUAUACUUUAUCCAAAAAAAUGAACAGAACCGUUGAUAGCGUCGUUGCUCGAUUGCUACUAAUUAUAUUACAAAAAUCAACUAUAUAAGGAAGAAGUUUUAUUAUUUUCUUUCUUAGAAGCGGAGAUUUCGAUUAAUCGCGUCUCGCCAGGUGUUCAGGAUAAGUAUUAAUUAAGUUACAAGAAAUCGUAACGCUAAAAUUGAAGAGAGAUCGCAACGAGCUUUUAAGAACUUUCUUAACGAGCCCUCGAUACGUUUACUUUGACAUAUCCAAAAGAUUUGUCGUUUUACUAACAACAAAUUUAUACAUUUUCUACAGUAAAAAAGGAGAAAAAAAAGAAGAAAAAAAAAAAAAAAAAAAAAAAAAAAAAAAAAGAAAAAACAAGACGAACACAUUUUUGUAUUCAGUUUGAUACAACAAGAUAUUUUUCUAUCUAUUAUGCAAAUCAAUAUAUUGACAGGUACUUUAACAGAAAACACGAAAAGCUCCCUGCGAUCUGCCUUCGGUUUAAUAAUACGUGUUCCUAUCAAAGCCUUAACAGUCAAACAUAAAUAGUGAAACCAAAAUAAAAAGAAAAUAAAAAAAUAAAAAGAAGGAGAAAGAAAAAAUAAAUCCCUCCUCCCCCCCCCCCACCAACAAAAAAACUGUAACCUUUGGAAUUUACUUUUAUACUAAUUCUCUCACCGUUAAAAACCGACCGAUUAAUAGACUUCGCUUAUAAUACGCAAAUAAUUAUCAGUAUUAUGCGUCUCAUAACACACAAUAAACACCUACACGUUCUACUGAGAAGAUUUAUACACAUAAUACACACACACACACACGCACACAUAUAUGAUAUGUAUAUGUGCGUAUACCUAUACAUUCCUGGGGCUGUAAACGAUGAAUGCGUGAUUGGAAUAACGUACGCUUUCCUUCUUAUAUUAUAUAUUUAACGUUUCUUCCAAAUGUUACAUUUGUGAGUCUCGCAGUACAUCCUUUACCCGGUGAUUUCACAUCGGAUGGUAUGGAAUCCUAAUAAAAUCGCAGAAUCUAUUAUA